UGCGAAAAGCAGCUUACCCAGGUAUGACUAGAAAACAAAGUCUUCGGGAUAUCGAGCACGAGUACAAAAUAUAUCAGAGAUUACCGCCUCACGAUCGUCUCCUGAAAAUGAUGGGCUACUCUAAGGAAGACGGCCUUAUUCUGGAAUACAUGCCAAACGGCAAUCUGAGAGAAUAUCUACAGGAUAAAGCCGCAGACUUGAGCCUCCACCAACGACUUCAAUGGGCGUGCGAUGCUGCUGAAGCACUGCACCUUGUCCAUUCACACAAUGUCAUCCACUGCGACGUGAAACCGGAAAAUUUUCUGUUAGACCAUAGCCUCCGGCUUCGGAUAAUAGAUUUCUCGGGCUCGUCUAUUGACGGAUCGUAUUUUUCGGCGGUUGAAGGCGCAAGAUUCUGCCUUCCUCGCGCCUGGGAGGCGCCCUCGACGGUUGUGACAGACGUGUUCGCACUGGGCUCAACUAUCUACGAGAUUAUGACCGGUACGCAACCUUACGCCGAGCAUACAGAUGAGGAGGUAGAGGUUUUGUUUAAGAAAGGGAUAUUUCCAGAAGUGGACGGUAUACCCUGUGGAGAACUAAUCAGGAGGUGUUGGCACAGUCAAGUUCAUUCAGCCGCGGAGGUACACGUGUCAAUCAUGACUGAAUUACAGAAAAUCUGAGAGAUGAGGCUCUUUGGGUAGAUCUAACCAUUUCGAUAAGAGUCCAACUGUCCAAGAAUGACUAUGACCCUUCAAUAAUGCCUUUUCAACAGAUGCGAUAGGAGGCUCCCGCCUGAUUAAACGCUGGGGUUAUCGUUUCUGCGCUCUGCCUAUGGGUCUACCGAGAAUACCCCUCAUCAUUGCACACAGGGCAAUCGUCCCUCCUUCUUGACGAGCCGACUUCCUUUUCCUUAAGGUCAAUUCCUGUGCAGUCCGAACCACGACUCUCUGCGGUGGUGCAUCUUUUGAUUCGAAUGAAUUGUUUGGCUCGAUGCCCGCAUCUGUAGAUGUACUCCGAAAUUUCCUUGUUACACAUUAUGUAUAUCUGUUGGGGUUCGCUGGGAUUGACGUAGCCGAAGAAGUUGGAGGAGUUCG